CCAAAACAAAGUCGAUGAACUAGACGUAAACACAGAGGACAACGUAAGCGGGGGCAUUAACGACGGCAUUGGUGAAGGUAAUUGGGUGUGGUUUUAUACUGUGAAGGCAGUACAAGACUGGUUUGGGUGUGCACUAUGGCGAUGCGGUCUAUCAGGUUGUGUGGUACGCGACGUUGUGGGCUCGUAGUGAGCAGGCGUUGGUUCAGGUUACCGGAGGCCAGUAAAGCGAUACAGGAGACUGCUCAGCGGGAGGAGAUACCUGUUGGCGCGUAUGGGAUCAUCAACAGUGAGAGGAAUACAUUCGUGGACGGCCACCUUCGUCCAUACAUCUCGAAUAUGGUGACGCCCGCGGACUUCCGAAGAAACGUGAGAGACUCGUUCAACAUGCAUCACAAGAGGCGAAGGUUGAAGAGCUCCAGCCAAGGGAGGGCACAGGGCCUGUUCUGCAUCCUGCUACACGCACUGCACUACUGCUGUCUUCCCCGUGACCGGCUGGUCGGGACGACAAAGUAUAUGAAGGACGCCAUCAGACGUGAGGUGGUGUUCAACUCCAAGAGCGGAGUGCAAUGGGAUGAGAUGGUGGAGGAGGUGUCAGUGCGAGAUCCAGCGUUGAAAAGCAACACGCUGAAGCUUAUAUCGCUCUACCAGUAUGGAGACUCGGAGAUCCCAAUGCCUAGCCUGCGUGAUUCUGAUUGGCAAAGUGUUCAGCUUGCUUUGGCAGCUGUACUGUACCAUGCUCCAGAGUUAUCUUACGAAGUGAUUGUGAAGAGCAUAUCGAGUAUGCUGUCGUCAAAGAUCACAAAUGCAUAUAAUACAAUCAAUGGGCUACCCAGGGUGCCCACCUUCAUCAUGAGAGAUAUAUUGGAAAGAAUCCCCAAGUCAGACUUGGAAACAGAUUUACUGCUCGAGUUGUAUCCAUUGUUGAAGGGAUCCGAUUCCUCCUUCCAGACGUUGAGAAACCUCGUCCAUUUCACAAAGAUAUACCAUGUUUCGAGGUUGGAGCAACUUGUAAGGAACAUUGUGAAUCAAGAGAAGCUGUCUGACUAUGAGUGGAAUACUCUAGUGUUUGACAUUGGCGAUACAGCUCAUAAUAUCCAAUCCAAGGAGUUUUCUUUUGCGUUGCUGAGGUCGCAAAGGGUCAUUUUGGAACACAUAAGAGUCCAUGAUGGUAAUGUCACUGCACCUGGGUACCUGGGCAUGGCGUUGAGCUUGUCGGGAGUCUCGUCAACACGUUCAAAACAGUUUUACAACUCCAGUAUGGGUCACAUUCGCACCGACGAGGAAAGAGAACAGUUUAAACGGGUUACAUUGAAGUUGAGUGAAUCUCCAAACGAACUCGUUGAGAAUUUCAACCAAACCAUUCUGGAUUCUAAGGAUGAUCUGACGCUGUGGGAUGAAUUUUUACAAGCUUCUUUUGAAAGAGACGUUAACAUACAAUACGAUAAUGAGCUGCUAGAAUCUCACUUGGCUAGUCCAAAGAUCAAAUCUAAGAGUACUAUUCUGUCGAAGAUGUCAGCUGAGGAGAUAUUCGCCAAAAGUUCGGAAUUGGAUAACAAAUCUCUCUCUAUACUUUUCAAAAAGCUGUAUCAGCACGAAGAACCCAUCUCCAUCUUUCCCUCUGGCCAUGACUGUGCCAGGUAUCUCUUUCAAUCACUGGCCAAUCCUUCCAGGCAGAUUGUUGGACAAGUUCUCUAUGGUGAGUCUAAGCUAGAUCCAGAGGGCGCAUUGGAUAGGUAUAGAUCAAUGCUCUCCAAGUACUGUGAUGGAUUCCCCAACGAGAAGUGUUUACUGUCCUUGAUGGUUCCCUCGUUGGCACUACCUGGGCUGAAAUGGGCACGAAUUGCAUCUUCAAGAACAGCAGUGUACGAAUUUAGGAAAUUCGUACAUCCUACACAGGACUGUGCCUCAUUGAUCCCAUCCACCAACCUAUGGAAGACGUACAUCCUGCUAUGUGGUCGCUAUGGGUACCACGAGGAACUUUCUGAAGUGUUUGAGAUCUGGGAAUCAUUGAGAUAUGUGCCAGACAGACAGACAUUAUCGAUGUUUCUUGGUGCCUUCCCAAAUCAUAUGGGAGAGAGAAUCAGGGACCAUGGAGUGGAACAUCUCUCGCCUAAUGAUUACGAUGAGAUCUCCAGAGAUGUUUGGGACUGGCCAUCUACAAAGGAGAUCGCAUUCUGGAGAGAUCGCAUGAACAAAUGAGGCCUCUUGUAUAUACCAUGGCACAUAUUUAUUUAGUAUUUAUUAUUCGCUUGCAUUCAAAAACAUAUACACACUUGGCUC